GGAGGAUCGGUGUCAUCCCUUCCAUCUUCCGAGCCCCUUCUGCCUCCGGACCGUCGCAUGAUCAUGAGCGCCGCCAACGACAAUUAUACCAUCCAUAAAGUGUCCUUGAAGCGAACCCGACAAGCCUGUGGACCCUGUCGGCGAAAGAAAGCCCGCUGUCCUGGAGAGAAACCGACAUGUUCUCUCUGUCAACGGCUGGGCCAGAACUGCUCCUACGGGCUGCAGGCCCUGAACCGAGUCGGGACCCGAUCAUCGACGAGUCACGGCCCGACGCGCAGUGAGGCGCGCGAUGCCGACUGUCCGAGCUCGCAUCGCAUCCAGCGCAUCGAGGAUCGAUUGGAGGAAAUGACGCAUCUGCUCCAGUAUCUGCUCCACCACACCGUCGGAGACUGACCGUUGUUGAUUCGAUUGUCCAGGGAAAGCCUGUCCCAGGUCGGGGCUUUGACGAC